AUGGUUGGAUUGGACAACGCAGGGAAAACCACUACUCUCUACAAAUUGUUGCUGGGAGAGGUGGUUGUUUCCCAGCCGACCGUGGGCAGCAACGUUGAACAAAUACCCUACAAGAAUUUGACGUUCGAGAUAUGGGACCUGGGAGGCCAGGCGAACCUGAGAGCGUCAUGGGCGGCCUACCUGCGGUCGACAGAUGCUGUUGUGAUGGUCGUGGAUAGCACAGAUAGAGCACGAAUAGGGAUAACAAAGGCUGAACUCUUUGCCCUCCUGGUCAACCAGGAUAUUGUCAACGUGCCUGUCCUGGUUCUGGCGAACAAACAGGACCUGAAAGAUGCUAUGGACAUGGCAGAGCUGUCCCAGGCCCUGGCGCUGCAUACAAUCAAGCAGCAUGACUGGCACAUACAGCCCUCAUGUGCCCUCACAGGGGAAGGUCUGCUGGAUGGAUUGGGCUGGAUCGCACAGAAACUCAAGAACAAGCAAACAACAGUGCAUUGA